UGCUGGAGGCGCCCGGGCGAUGUAGCGGCGCGCGGCGCUCCACGAGCGGCAUGGCUGGGUCGGGGCUGCAGGGCUGGCCCGGGUGGGAGCCCGCUUGGGGCGCGCUGCUGGCGGCCGCCGGGCUCCUGCUGGGGCUUUGCUGGCUACUGGGCCGCCCGCCGCGGGGGCUCCCGCCCGGCCCCCGGCCUUGGCCGCUGGUGGGCAACUUCGGCUUCGCGCUGCUGCCCGGCCGGCUGCGGCAGAGGUGGCUGCGGGGCGGAGAGUCCCGGCCGCUCUCCCCGCACCUGUUGCUGACCGGCCUGGCCCAGGUCUACGGCAGCGUCUUCUGCCUCUUCGUGGGCAGCCGCCCCAUGAUCGUGCUCAGCGACUUCGAGGCGGUGCGGCAGGCGCUAGUCGGCCAGGCCGAGGUGUUCAGCGACCGGCCGAGCGUGCCCAUCGUGGCCAUGCUUACCAAGAAAAAGGGUGUUGUUUUUGCACCAUAUGGCCCAGUAUGGAGACAACAGAGGAAAUUUUCUCACUCGACUCUUCGUCAUUUUGGAUUAGGAAAGCAUAGCCUGGAACCCAAAAUCAUUGAAGAGCUGGAGUAUGUGAAGGAGGAAAUGUUAAAACAUGGAAAGGAUCCAUUUAACCCCUUUCCUGUCAUCAGCAACUCGGUGUCCAAUGUUAUCUGUUCUAUGGCCUUUGGCAGGCGCUUUGACUAUGAAGACAUUGAGUUUAAGAUCAUGCUAAGGCUAAUGUCACGUGCGCUAGAGAUAAGCGUAAGCAGUCAUGUACUUCUGGUCAACAUUUGUCCUUGGCUGUAUUAUCUUCCCUUUGGUCUUUUCAGGGAACUGAGACAAAUUGAAUUAGAUGUCACAGUUUUUCUAAAGAAAAUAAUUGCUCAGCACAGGGACACCCUGGAUAGAGAAAAUCCUAGGGACUUCAUUGAUAUGUAUCUCCUCCAAGUGGAAGAAGAGAGAAAGAGCAGCAGUGAGAGCAGCUUUAACGAAGACUACUUGUUUUUUAUCAUUGGUGACCUCUUCGUUGCAGGCACUGACACCACUACCAACACACUGCUUUGGUGUCUGCUCUAUAUGUCUCUCCACCCAGAUGUGCAAGAAAAGGUUCAUGCAGAAAUUGAAGUGACCAUCGGGCAUGACCGAGCUCCUUCUCUCGCUGACAAGGCUCGCAUGCCAUUCACGGAGGCAACCAUCAUGGAGGUACAAAGGAUGACUGUGGUUGUUCCGCUUUCUGUUCCUCGAAUGGCCUCAGAAACUGCUAUUCUACAGGGAUAUACUAUUCCUAAGGGCAGUGUGAUUGUGCCCAACUUGUGGUCAGUGCAUAGAGAUCCCAAUAUAUGGGAGAGACCAGAUGACUUCCAGCCAACAAGAUUUCUGGAUGAAAAUGGCCAGCUAAUCAAACGAGAAACGUUCAUUCCUUUUGGAAUUGGCAAACGUGUGUGCAUGGGAGAGCAGCUGGCAAAAAUGGAGUUGUUCUUGAUGUUUGUGAAUCUGAUGCAAAAUUUCACCUUUUUGUAUCCUGAGAGUGCUACAAAACCAGCCAUGGAAGGCAGAUUUGGUCUUACUUUAGCUCCAUUUCCUUUCAAUAUAAUUGCUUUGAAGAGAUGAAGAUACUUUUUAAUUUUUUUUUUUUUUAAAGGACUCGGUGAAGAGAUACUGCACUUAGAAAAUUCAGCUUUAUAGUCUUAUCAUUCUAAGCUUCUCGGGAUCAGAUGAGCCAGCAUAGACUAUGCUGAUUUUAUUGCUCC